AUGUCCCGAGCCGUGUACGCGAAGCUCUGGGCUAGUACAGCCCAGUACACCCAGCGGAGACAUUAUGCGUGGUACCAGAUCUGGUCCCGAGUGGUUCCCUGGUCGCUCCCCUGGGGCAUCUUCGCCAUGUGGAUGGUCUUCCCUGCCAUGCCGGUGGAAUACCGUCAAGCCCUGACUUUCGGUAUCUGGCAGAAGCCCAACAUCGGCACUCACGGCCCGGAUCUUGGCCUCGAACAGAAGAAGCAGUAG